GCCAUAACGUGCUGUGCGGUGUUCCCGCCUUUUUCGAUUUGCCACACCGAGGAACCAAGGAACCACGUACCGAGGAUCGCCUGGGAUCGCCAGGUGCGUCAGGCUGGAGCAGAGCAGGCUGGAAUCACUCGGAAUGCGUCGGGAAGCGCCGAGAUACAGCUGUAGACGCGCGGGUAUCGAAGAACGAUCGAGUUGACGCUUCGAACGAGGCAUGGAUCCGAGCGAGGUCGAGUUCCUCGGCGAGAAACAGCUGGUCAGCAUAGUGCCGAACUUCAGCUCCGACGUGAUCUACCUGAUCUCGGGUUCGGUGGGGCCGUUUCGCGCCGGUUUGCCGGUCAAGGUGCCGAUCUGGCUCGCCGCGUGUUUGAAACAGAAGCAGAAGUGCCGUAUCGUCAGGCAGGAAUGGAUGGACAUCGAGAGUCUGAACGAGAGGAAGGAGAUGGAAAAAAUGUCCAAGUUGUUCACGGCGAUGCCGAGCAGUCAUUAUAUGGACGAGAGUCAAAUCUUGCUGAACGUGGCGAACGAUGAUAUCCCUGACGCGGAUGGAAUAAGAAUCGCCGUGAAGGACAUAUGGGAUAUAAGAAUGUCUAAAUUGCGCACAUCCGUGGACGCUUUUGUGAAGAGCGAGGGAGUGCACGCGAGAUUGGAUCAUCUGACCGCGAUGGAGAUCAAUGGAAUACGUCCGCUGCUGCCACACGCGUUAGAUCAAAUGUUACGGAUACAAUCUGCAAAUGCAGGAGAAAUGAAUUCCCAGCAGCAAAGCAGCAGUGGGUACGGCAGUAUAUAAAGCUAGUAAUAUAUAUUACUUAUUAAUUAUUUAUAUUAGUGUUAUUGUGAUAUUAUAACUAAAAAGAUGUGAAUAUUUUUAUAAUUUUUAUAUAAACACUUGAUAUGUUAUAUUUCAAUAUUCAAUCGUAUUGGAUCAUAUGGUAUAAAUGCAGGAAAUGAAGUGCAAGAUAUAUUGCAUUUUAUAUGUGAAUAUUAUAUAACGCUUUUAUUAGCCAACUUA